AUGUUGCGGUUCAGAUAUCGUUUGCGCCCGCGGAAAAUGCAGGUAUACCCUGGUGGUGGGCAAGGUGAACGCUUGAUGCGGCUACGCCAGAUUGUCACUGGUCUUAUACGUUUUGAAAGGGUGGAGCCAGACUGGUUGCAAGCAGAUGAGGCUCGACAAUAUGCAGAAAGGUUAUUGUAUCUGGCUGUGAAGAAUGGAGACAAAGACAGGCAAACCAUGGAAUUGGCUGACUUUUGGCUUCUGGAGAAGGACCUGGUCCAUAAGCUGUUCAAGGUGCUAGUUCCACGCUAUGCCAACUAUAAGACUUGUUACACAGAUCUUCACAAACUACCGAAAGAAUACCCAGCUACUGGUAUCCCUCAAGGAGUGUUAGAGCUGCGGGGAAACCCUUGGCCACCCAUUGUAGCACGACAACGGGACACCAAGUUUCUGCUGUCCAAUAUGCUCUUGUCCGCUGCCAGACAUGACUAUUACGUCAAUAAGCAGAAACAGUCUCCAUCAACCUCAGCACACAACAGUACAUCUCCUACAACUGACCCCAGCGAUGGGUCCUCUGAGGCGUCAGCAGCUGAUUCUCCUCCAGCCUCAGUCGCCAACAGUGAGUUUUCAUCUUCUGUGGAUCCACAACCAGAUAAACAGAGUGUCUCAAAGGAUGUGUAA